AUGACGGAAACAGACCAUCAUAGUCAAAUGAGAAGCGUAAGCCGCGGUGAUGGUUCGCCAGGUAGGCCUUCAGGUCGCCCCAUGCGCCAGCUGGAGUUUCAUCAGGCAAUGUCCGACUUCUGUCACAUGUUUCCUGAGACUGACGAAGAAGUGAUUGAGGCUGUACUGAGGGCCAAUAAUGGCAUGGUGGACGCGACCAUUGACCAGCUACUGACCAUGAACAUUGACACAGAAAUCAAUGCUGGUGAUGAUGAUGAUCUGCCUGACCAUAUUCUGAUGUCUGUAGAGAGAGAUGUACAACAGCAGCAGCAGCUGCAGCCUCAGCAGCCACAUCAAGGCUCUCGUAGAUUGGGCAGAGAGGCUCGAGCAACUAGGAAAGUAUGCUCAACAGAUUCCCCCGAACAGCAGCAAUCAAAAGACAUGGAAGACUGCCCACCAUCUUACACUGAAGCAGUGCAGUCACACUUGACUAACCACCACCGAAGUAGUAACAGCCGGAGCCGCCAUCGUAACUCACCCACCAGCAAUGGAAAUGGGGGACACCACCCUCGGCAUUCUGUGGGCACCAUGCAACACCUGUUAGACCUAGGUCCCGACACCACACAGAACCCUGGCAAUGGCAGCCCCACUUCUGUGGGGUCAGCCGGCACCGUCUCCAAGCCGUCACAUCACAGCCACCACCACACUAGUCAUCAUCACCAUAACAAUCACCACCACCAGAGAUCUUCGAACCAUCAUCGCCAUCGCACCGACACUGCCGAUGGGUCUCCAGGAAAGUCCAGGCCUGGGAGGAAUAUUCUGGCCCCAGCUACUCUGCCAGCCCCUGCCCACCAGGAGUUUAUCGCCGAAGAAUUUAGUUUUCGCCCUCAAAGAAAAGGCUCAUUGGAUAGCAGUGAGGUCAGUGUGGAGGCCGGAGGAGGUUGCCAUUCGGAGAAGAGUUCACACAGAUGGCGGUCUUCAAACAGGGAGUCAACUAAUAUCAAGAGGCCAGUAUACAAAAACUGGAAUCCUCCACUUCUGGGAACUCUUCCUGACGAUUUCCUGAGGUUGACUAAGACGCCGACAACACCAGCUCGACCCAGCAGACACACUUCUCAGUUACAAAGAACUAUGUCGGCAGUAGGACCAGAACGCCCUGCUUUCUACCCUACAGCUUCAUCACCAUCCAACCUUCCCACCAUCGAUUCAGGUUCCUCUUUGGCAACAAGUCAGCACAUUAAGCAGAGGCCGUCAUCUCAGAAGCCUCAUCGUUCGUUGUCCUUUGCUGGGCACACCAAUCAGCUGAAAAGACCCCCUCAGAAUGCACAACAGUCUGGUCUGCCCCAGCAUGAGUUCAGUUCUGACAUCCUGCAGGAGAGAAUGAAGGAAAAUGAGAGGCGGCGGAGGAUGGCUUCCAUGGAUAUUGAUCCGGAUCUGGCUCAGUACUUGGAGGAUGAAAGGCUGGCCAUUAUUCUACAGAACAGUGAAUUUCUUGAAGAGCUCCGCGGGGAUAGAAUGUUUAUGAUGACAUUGGAGAGAGAUCAGAAAAGCCCAGAUAACGAGAAGCCCAAGCAGGAACCAAAGCCAAACCCUGUAUCCUCUGCAAGCUUAGAUGGUGAUGACAGGGAUUUCAUUGAGGGCUAUGGAGAUGAUCGACACGAAACAUUGGAAGCAUUUCCCUUUAGCCAGCAGCUGCCACCUCCUGCCAACGAGGAUGUAGAGCUUCGCCAGAAGUUGAGAAAUAUGGGCAAAGCAUCAAGAAAACAGUUUGCAGCUUUGGCUCGGAAGUUUUUCCUUAAGCGAAAGAAGAAAUCUGCACAACAGAUAUUGAAAGAAUCCCAAGCUCCAUCGAUGAUGAACCUUUUAGAUGAGGACGAGGAUGAAGACGUUGAUGAUGAUGAGGUUAACAGUGGUGAUCGUAAUGCACGCUCUGAAUCAUAUGGCUGUUCCAACAGUUCUCAG